AAUGAAAUUUUCCUUUAAAAAUUAUGUCAUCGUCCAACGUGUAUGUCACCAUCAGUCAUCUGCUAUCUGCUAUUCUCUUUAGUUCUGCAGCGUUUGUUAUACUUGUAAGCACCAAAACACUAUCUUACUCCGAAGUUUGUCGGGAUCGUUCAGGGGACUAUCCGACUCUCCCGAUUAUUGCAGCAAUGGUUGAUAAUGGGUGGAUGUAUGAUACACCUGUGCAUUCUGAUGUGGAAGCCAAGCUGAGACACCUCCUCGUUGACCUUCAAAAUGAUACACUUGGAGUCCAGGUAUGCGCUUAUAAAGAUGGAGAGGUUAUUAUUGACACUGCUGCUGGAGUGCUCGGUGAAAAUGAUGCUCGUCCCGUUCAGCCUGAUACCCUUUUUCCAGUUUUUUCUGUAACCAAGGGUAUCGCGGCAGGAAUGUUGCAUUGGUUGGUUGACAAUGGAAAAUUGAAGUUUGAUGAAAAUGUUGCAAAUAUAUGGCCAGAAUUUGGUUCAAAUGUAAAGGAUCUAAUAAAGGUCCAUCAUGUGCUUAAUCAUACAUCGGGUCUGCAUAAUGCUAUGUCAGACGUUUUUAAAGAAAACCAACUACUACUCUCUGACUGGGGUGGAUGUUUGAAUCACAUUGCAAAGUCAGUACCUGAGACUGAACCUGGCGAGUCGCAAUUGUAUCACCAUCUAUCUUUUGGCUGGCUGUGUGGUGGAAUUAUUGAGCAUGCAUCUGGGAAAAAGUUUCAGGAGAUUCUUGAAGAAGCAUUCAUCCACCCCCUCCAAAUUGAAGGGGAGCUAUAUAUUGGAAUCCCUCCAGGUGUUGAAUCUCGACUUGCAACCAUUGCGGUAGAUACAGAUUCUAUGGUCAAGUUUUCUAAGUUGGGCAAUCAGCCCAUUCUGCCCUCUAGCUUACAGCGAGCCAACAUUCCUCAAAUUGCUCCAAAAAUUGCUGCUACGUUCAACAUGCUCAACAUUCGUCGUGCUAUCAUGCCAUCUUCUAAUGGGCAUUGCUCAGCCCGUGCACUUACACGUUACUAUGCAGCCUUAGUUGAUGGAGGUGUGGUUCCACCUCCACAUUCUUCUUCCUCAAAACCCCCACUUGGUAGCCACUCUCACAUCCCUACAUUUUCUUCCCAAAAUUCACCCAAAAGGCAACAAGAUCAUAAAAAAGAUGAUGGGAAUGGAAAUCAUAGCAGUGGUAACACCAGCAGUGAUAGUUUCACUGAGCUCGUUGAUCACGACGCUAAGCCUUCAACUAAUUAUGUUGGUAAGAUAUUUAGAAACUCUAGAAUUCAUAAUGCUUUCUUGGGUGUGGGUGAAUAUAGGAAUUUAGCUCAGCCAGAUGGGAAAUUUGGACUAGGUUUUAUAAGGUACAUUUCAAAGGAGGGUUCCCUUAUUGGAUUUGGGCACGCUGGAUUGGGUGGGUCUGCUGGAUUUUGUGAUAUAGAAAAUAGGUUUGCUAUUUCUGUGACCUUGAACAACAUGUCAUUUGGUGAUUUGACUGCCAGCAUUAUUCAUUUGAUUUGUUCAGAGUUGAAUAUCACUGUACCAAAGGAAUUUUCAAUAUUUAUAGAGAAGGGUCCUGAUGGACAAUAAACUUGGAAAGACCUAGAGCAAAUUAUUAAAAAAAAAAAAAAAAAAAAAAAAAAAGAGAAAAGGGAAGAAAAAAGAAAAAAGUAAAAGAAGGAGAAGAAGAAGUUCCUUUCAUAUAUGUAAUGUUUUGUACCAAAUGCAAGACUGUAGAAAGUGAAUGAUAUCAGUGUAUACCAGAAUAAAUGUACUCUUGUGAAUAUAGGAAUUUAGCUCAGCCAGAUGGGAAAUUUGGACUAGGUUUUAUAAGGUACAUUUCAAAGGAGGGUUCCCUUAUUGGAUUUGGGCACGCUGGAUUGGGUGGGUCUGCUGGAUUUUGUGAUAUAGAAAAUAGGUUUGCUAUUUCUGUGACCUUGAACAACAUGUCAUUUGGUGAUUUGACUGCCAGCAUUAUUCAUUUGAUUUGUUCAGAGUUGAAUAUCACUGUACCAAAGGAAUUUUCAAUAUUUAUAGAGAAGGGUCCUGAUGGACAAUAAACUUGGCAAGACCUAGAGCAAAUUAUUAAAAAAAAAAAAAAAAAAAAAAAAAAGAGAAAAGGGAAGAAAAAAGAAAAAAGUAAAAGAAGGAGAAGAAGAAGUUCCUUUCAUAUAUGUAAUGUUUUGUACCAAAUGCAAGACUGUAGAAAGUGAAUGAUAUCAGUGUAUACCAGAAUAAAUGUACUCUUGUUGCAAAUAUAGGAGCUGCUUUUC